AAGUUUUCGUCUCCUCGUGGUUUUCUUUUUUUCUUUCACCCAUUUUCAUUCAUUAAAUUUUUUUUGAUGAUAAAAUCUUCAAACAAAAAUGAAUUAUCGUUUAUUAUUACGAAAAUCUAUUCAAUUAACACAAACAAAUCGAAAUCUAUUGGAAUUAUUCAAUGGAACAUUGAAUAUUUGUCCAAUUCAAACGUUUUAUCAUAAACGAUAUUGGCCAUCGAUUUGUUUAUCGAAAACAGCAACAACAACAAAUGAAAAAAAUUCGAGCAUUAUUUCUCCAACAAUUACUGAACGAAUACAAUGCUACAAUAAUCAAUCAACACUGAUUGAAUCGAAUGAAUCAUCAUCAUUAGAUGAUGCAAUUCAACAAUUUCGUUCUGAACAUCAAGUAUUUGUUGAAAAUGUUAAAGAUGGCAGAAAUAUAUUUGAUUUUGAUGAAUUGGAUAUGCCGGAUAAAAUUCGUGAAAUUAUGGCAAAAUUUGGUUAUGAAAAACCAACACCAAUACAGGCACAAUCAUUACCGAUAUUAUUUUCCGAACUUGAUCUAAUCGGUAUUGCACAAACUGGUUCGGGUAAAACAUUAGCCUAUUUAUUGCCUGCAUUUUGUCAACUUUAUCCAAUUCAUCGUGAUUAUUGGUCUGAUAAUGGACAUUUAGAAAAACGAUUAAAACCUAAGGUAUUAAUAUUGGCACCAACACGUGAACUAGCCGUACAAAUAUUCGAUGUUAUCAGGCAAUUUAAAAUAUUCAAAUCAAUUUGUUUAUAUGGUGGUAAUGAUCGUCGAAAACAAAUUGAUUAUUUGGAAAAUAAUAAUCCAUUAUUUUUAGUUUCAACACCCGGAAGACUUAAAGAUCUAAUCGAUGCUAGAUAUGUUGAUUUAAGUGAAAUAAAUUAUCUAGUUAUUGAUGAAGCUGAUCGUAUGCUGGAUAUGGGUUUUGAACCACAAAUAUCCUAUCUAAUUAAUCGAUGUCCUGAUCGUUUUCAUCGUCAAACAAUGAUGUUUUCAGCAUCAUGGCCAGAUGAAGUAAAAUCAUUUGUAAAUAAAUAUCUUAAACCUGAACAUGCAUUUAUAUCGAUUGGUGGUACAAAAUUAGUUGCCAAUCAUAAUAUUCAACAAAAUGUUCUAGUUUGUGAUUCAAAUGAACGUUAUGAAAUGAUGGAAAAUAUUCUAAAAAAUCAUUCAAAUGAAAAAAUAUUAUUAUUUUGUAAUAGAAAAAUUGAUUGUGAUCGUAUUUCAAAUCAAAUUUAUCGCCGUUUACGUAUAUCAUCAUCAUCAUUACAUGGUGAUAUGACACAACGACAACGUGAAUCAACAUUAAAAGGUUUUAAAAUUGGUCAGAUAAAAUUAUUAUGUGCAACAAAUGUUGCUGCACGUGGUUUAGAUAUUGAUGAUGUUAAUAUUGUUAUUAAUUAUGAUUUUCCCGAUGAUAUUGAAACAUAUGUACAUCGUAUUGGUCGUACAGGUAGAAAAGAUAAUAAAGGUAUUGCUUAUUCAUUUUUUUCUAAUCGUUUAAAUCCAUUAUUGGCCCGACAAUUGAUUGAAAUUUUACGUGAAUCAAAUAAUCAAAUACCUGAACAAUUAUCGAUAAUUUCAACAAGUAAACAACAACAACAACAACAAAAAAUGUUUAAAAAACAUCAUCAACAACAACAACAUUGGCAAAUGAAUAAUAAUCACCAGCACCACCACCACCACCUUUACCACCUAAAACAUCAAUCGAAAAAGAAUCCA